AUGCGGAGGAAUCUCUUUGGUGGCCCUCAUGGCGACAACGAGCUUGGAAGCGCCAACCCGUGGACACAGGCGACUUUGGGCCAGGCGCGCCGCGACCUCGCCUUGCACCCACUCGACAGUUUCGAUGGGCCAAGUAAAAACAGUUACUUCGACACGCCCGCCUGA